GACGUAUAUGUAUGUUACCAAAAUACAUAAUAGAAUUAUCAUUAUAAUAUCUUCUUUAAUGCUAUUGAUUGGAUGAGACGAUCAUUUUAAAAUAUUAAAUAAUUCUUUUUUAUAAACACUUUAAAAGCGAUAAUGAUAACAUAGUGCUUUGAAGGCAUGUUCAAUUUCUACACAUUAUUUUGGAUUAGUAUUGUUUGCUGUGUUCACUGUGAGGUGUGUAGUGAUCCAAACAGUAACAGUGCUGUUCCCAGGGACUGUCAGUAUGGAUGUUGUACCGACGACGACGGCAACGUCGACUGCUGCGAUAAGCCAUUCUGGACGUGGGGCGUAGUUGUUGGUAUAGUUGUUGCUGCGAUUAUUGGUGUUGUUGUUAUCAUCAUCAUCAUCCUGAUGUGUGUGUACUGCAACAAUCAGAAGACCCACUCUGCACGACUUCGACAUACAGUAUCCAUGAGGUCUAACAGGAUACGCCCAUUCCCUGACUUACCCUCAUAUGAGGACAUUGAAACAAGACCAUAUACUUUACCAAGUGCCCCACCCAUGUAUGAUGAUGUUCCGCCACCUAAAUACGAAGAUGUCUUAUCACAGGACAGGACUAACAAUAUACCUAGAAUACAGGUUUCAAACUCAAGACCCGUUGUGUCGAAUUCCUUCACACGGACCAGGACAUAGUGAAAGAGUUUGAAAGAUGUGCAACUUCCGGCAUUACAAUAUUGUUUUAUAGAGUGUCUACUGUGAUAGCUUUCAUUUAUAUACUAUGUAAAUAAGCCAUGGAAUACAGGCUUAAAAUUUUACCUAUUGGGUCCAGUUCCUUCAAUGAAAAAAAAAAACACGACAUGAUAUUAAAACUUGAAAAAUAUCUCCUUCCUAGAUAUUUUUCCUACACUUCACUUUCAUAAACUCACGAUAACUAACCAAAUAGUAUUUAUCUGCUAGCAUGUAGUAUUCCAAGCUUCGUUAAACUAAGAUUUACAUAGCAAC